AUGGCGUUCUUUGUCAACACCGCUAUCAACGCUGCGUCGAUCCCUGAGUCAGAGGAUAGUCCCACCCUCUUUGACCAAACAGCUACCCACCCCAUUGACGACGAGACCGUUUACAACGGUCUUGUCCAAGUCGCAGAAGGGAUCAAAGGUAAUUCCAAAAUUCUUUCUUGGAUUGUAAUCGAAAAGAUGCAACAGAGCUUCAUUUUCCCCUUCGGGCCCUUCGGGUUAGGUUGUGCACGUGGUUAUGCUCACUUUGGGAUGGCUCCCGUCACGGCAACUGAAGGUCACAGUGGUGGAGCUCAAGACAUGAAGCGAGAGAUCAAACAACCUCAACUGGUCUCAAAUCAUUGGAUUCUUGUACUAUGGAGGAUAGUCGCAGAGAUGGGGAACUCCGUCUCAAUGAUUACAUGUAAACUGGUCGAGGCCAUGUCGCUUGCAAUCGCUGAAGCUUCAUUGACAAAAUUCUCUGUCAACUCCCGUUAG